AUGAGUUCUUUCGAAGAGUACCUGAACAACUUAUUUAGUCUGUCAACUCCUCCACCCAACCAUCUCCCUAACUAUCCUACACCAGUUUAUCCUACACCAGUGUAUCCUACACCAGUGUAUCCUACACCAGUGUGUCCUACACCUACAUACCCUGUACCUUCUUACCCUACAUCUUAUCACUCUCUUGGAUAUUCCUACCUUUCUCCUGGAUCCUACUAUCCUGGUUCCUACCUAACUUUACCAGCUGAGACCCCCUACCAAUACAGCAUCAGCCCAGAGAUUACCCCUCUGAAACCACCCAGCCCUUCAACCAGUCAGUACUGUAGUUUCUCCUCCACCAACACUUCCACUCUGGAGACACCUACCUUCACACCGGAACCUGUAGCUACCUCCACUCCUGCAUUUCCUCUGUCACCUAAUCACGUCACCCCGCCCCCGACUCCAGGAAAACAGCAGAUUAGCUCACCUCCCCGCUUCUUCUUCCCUCCAGACUUCUCCCUCCCAAACAGUGGUAACACGGAGGAAGUGCCCAGUGGAGCCCCACUCAGCAAACAGACCCCCUCCUCGUUCGGUAAAACUCAGAGACGGAGACGACACAGAACAAAGUUUACCAUCUGCCAGACGUCCGCCCUUGAAGCUGAGUUCAGCGUCUGUUCCUAUAUCUCGGCUGAAAGGAGGAGAGAACUCUCGGAGGUACUGGGGAUUAAGGAGCUUACUAUUAGAGUGUGGUUUCAGAACAGACGGACCCAGGAGAAGAAGAAGGAGAACAAUCGUCCUACACACUCAUCCUACACACCUAGUCCUACACACUCAUCCUACACACCUAGUCCUACACAUCUCUCCGGCUGGUCGUCAUGA